AUGGCGAUCACGAAGAUGACGCCGCACCAGACGCUCAGCUUUGCUUUGUUCUUCCGCCUAACGGUGGUUCUGCUGCUCCUCGGCUGCGCAUCGUCCGGAGCCGAGGCGUACCGGUUGGGCGUGGGACGAGCGGACUGUACCGGUCCACCGGUGGAGAUCGGUUUUAUGGGUUACGGCGAGUUUUCGCAGCGCGGCCAGGGCAUCCAUCUGCGGCAGUACGCCCGGGCGUUCAUCUUCGAGGACGACGAAGGGUCGCGCGUGGCGUUCGUCAGCGCGGACGCCGGCAUGAUGGGGCACGCGGUGAAGCGGGACGUGCUGGGAUUGCUGAAAGCGCGCUACGGCGAUCUGUACCGGUUCGAGAACGUGGUGCUGAGCGGUUCGCACAGCCACAGCGUCCCGUCCGGCUUUCUGAUGUCCUACCUGUACGACAUAGCGUCCCUGGGCUUUGUGCCGCAGAACUUCGAUGCCCUUGUCGAGGGCAUUGCGCUGGCCAUUGUGCGGGCACACGAGAGUGUGCGCGAAGGGCGCCUCUUCCUGUCGGAGACGACGGUUCAGGAGGCGAACAUCAACCGCAGCCCGAGCGCGUACGAGAACAAUCCCCAGGCCGAGCGGGAGUUCUACCGGGACUACACGGACAAGAAGCUGGUCCAGCUGCGGCUGGUCGACAGCGAGCGGGGUCAGCUCCGGGGUGUAAUCAACUGGUUCGCCGUCCAUCCGACGUCGAUGAACAAAACGAACCGCUACGUCUCGAGCGACAACGUUGGGUACGCUUCCGUUCUGCUGGAGCUGGACCGGAACGGGGUGAAGGUGCCCGGGCGGGGCGACUUUGUCGGUGCGUUCGCAUCCACCAACCUGGGCGAUGCGUCACCGAAUAUCAUGGGACCGAAGUGCGAGAAGACGGGACUGCCGUGCGAUAUGCUGACCUCUUCCUGUCCGCAGGGAGCUGGAGCGUGCAUUGCGUCUGGCCCGGGCAAGGACAUGUUCGAGAGCACGAAGAUCAUCGGUACAAGGCUUUACGACGCCGCCUCGAAACUGUUGAGUGCUAAUGGAGGUCGUGAAGUGACGGGACGGAUCCAGUUCGCCCACCAGUUCAUCGACAUGACGCAGAUGAAGGUGCCGUACGUUAACCCAAACACUGGCGAGGUGGAAACCGUCCACGGGUGCUAUCCCGCCAUGGGAUACAGCUUCGGCGCGGGUACAACCGACGGGCCCGGUGCGUUCGACUUCCGUCAGGCCACACUGACGGAUUCGUCCUUCUGGAACACGGCCCGUGACAUCCUGGCAGAACCGACCGCCGAGGAUAAACAGUGCCAAGCGCCCAAACCGAUUUUGAUUGCGAGUGGUCGCGCGAAGUUUGGCUACGAAGCGCAACCCAAGAUUGUCCCGACGCAGAUUUUGCUGCUCGGAGACUUUGCCAUCGCGGCCGUUCCCGCCGAGUUUACGACCAUGUCCGGAAGAAGGCUAAGGGCCGCGGUACGCCAGGCAUCGCUGGAUAGCAGCGGCGAGGAGCUGACGGUGGUGAUUGCGGGACUUUCCAAUAUGUACACCAGUUACGUGGCCACACCGGAAGAGUACGCCAUCCAGCGUUACGAAGGCGCCUCCACGCUGUACGGUCCGCACACGCUCACCAUCUACUUGGAGCAGUUCGGAAAGCUCAUGCACGCGAUCCGGCGAGGUGAAACACUGGAACCCGGCCCACUGCCACCGUUCGAGGAUGAUAAGCAGAUCACCCUGUCGACGGGGGUGGUGUUCGAUGGCCAUCCGUUCGGGUGGUACUUUGGUGACUGCAAGCUACAGCCCCGGGAAACCCCGUACCAUCGCGGUGACACCGUGCGCGUCAUGUUCAUCGCGGGCAACCCCCGAAACAAUCUGAUGCACGAGAAGACCUACUUCACCGUCGAACGGUUGAUACCGGAUUUCGAGGAAACGAACAGCGUAGAUCAUACGCAUCAGCGACGGGACACUUGGGAGGUGAUCGCGACGGACGCGAACUGGGAGACGAAAUUCAAGUGGCACCGCCGCUCGACGCUCUUCGCGUACAGUGACAUCGAGCUGGAAUGGGAAAUCUCGGAUCAGGUCGAACCGGGCACGUACCGAAUACAACACUUUGGCUACUGGCGCUACAUCUUGGGCGGCAUCUUCCCGUACAAUGGCACAACGAGAAACUUCCACGUGGAGUGA